AUGUCCAGUGAGAAGAGGAAGGCCUCCAGCUCAGAGGAGCCAGUGUGCGUGCUGUGUGGCCGGGCAGACGAUGACCCGGACAUCUUUGGGCGCACUAUUGGCGGCGAUUUCCUGACUGUCCACGAGUUCUGCUUGGUUUUUGCCCACAUCGCUUUUGAAGAAAGACCCCCAGAGGAGGAAUCUACGGGCAUUGACCUUGCUGCCCUCACGCGCAAGGCCAAGCAGGCAAACAAGGAGCAAUGCUGUGUCUGCGGCGAGAGGGGGGCUGCCAUCACAUGUGCAGAGAGCGGCUGUGCACGCAGCUUCCAUCUGCCCUGCGCUGCAGACGGAGAAUGCAUCACACAGCAUUUUGGAGAGCACAGGUCCUUCUGUUGGGAGCACCGCCCUCGACAGACACCGGUGACAACUCCAGCAGAAGACACCAUCUGCAUCAUCUGCCAGGAGACCGUGAGGGGCAGCUUGGACUAUCACACCAUGGUGUGCCCCAUGUGCACACGUGCCUGGUUCCACCGGGGUUGCGUCCAGGUGGGAGCCCUCCCUCACCCUGCAGGCGUGCUUAGUGCCCAGCAACACCAGGCACUGCUCACGCUCACCCUGCUUGUGCUUCUCCUGCAGAAACAGGCAUUGAAUGCGGGCACGACGUGCUUCCGGUGCCCCAGUUGCAGAGACGAC